AUGCUGGAGGAAACAGCUCCAAAUGUCCCACCUCCUCCUCCCCCGGUUAGCCCACCAGUGGGCUGGGGUGAUGUCAUCAUCCCCACCACAAGUAGCAGCAGCAGCAGUAGCAGCAAGAAGAGGACCCCCCCUCCGCCUUUUGUUAUCCGCCACAAGCGCACCUACUCAGAGCCCACCCCCAAGUGCCCCACAGCCCCCAUUCCUCCCGACAGAUCCACGCAGGAAGAGCUGCUGCUUUUGCAACAGCUAAUGGGGAUCCUAAUAAAAUACCAAAAAAGACCUUCCGUCUUGUAUUAUGGGGUACCAUCAAAUUCAAAAGGCUACAGUGGUCCAGAGUCAUCCUUUCAGAAGUGUGUCUCAGGGUCUCCAAAAUACUCUGUGACUGCCCUUAACUCCCUAUCUGAACUGCCAGAGAGAGGAUUCCGCGCAGAUGGAGAGAGCAAAAAGUCCCACUUUGUCUAUCAGAUGCCUCAGCCCAGCAGCAGACACCCUCCUCUAAACUCCCCCAUGGCCCCCCGCUCCAUCAGCCUGCAGUCCAAUGGGGCCUCCUCCCACCAAGGCGAUCCCCCACACCCCAUGCCCAGGAGAGCACUGCCCAAGCCAAAAGUGAUGCGUGUCCAAGCCAUCUAUGGCUGUGUGGGUGACCACCAUGAUGAGCUCACUUUCAACGAGGGCGAGGUAUUGGUUGUGCUUGGAGAGGACGAUGCUGAUUGGUGGCAUGGAUACGUUGAGGGCCAGCCAAACAAGAAAGGCCUGUUCCCUUCAUCUUUCGUCCAUUUGUUGUCUGACUGACACAAGCCAAAAGCUGGAGGACAUGUUCUGUAAAGUAACCUGGCAACCUUGCCACCCUUCCCAAUGACUUCAGGACCAAGCUCAAACUUAUUCCAUACCUUACCUAAUUGUUAACCUAAAGAUGUAGGGGCUACCGGACCUGGGCUCAGACAUUCCUUUGAGUUGUUAGGGGACCUUUUUUCCUGAACAAUGUCUGUUUUUUCUGGUUGUGUUUUGCUUUUCGUGUGUUGUGUAUUUUAAAUGGAUAUAUAUGAAUGUGUAGUUUAAUGGGUUUUGUGUAUUUUGAUGUGUAUUGUGCUAUACAAGGCUCAUCUGGAAAAGAGACCUUGGUUUCAGCAAUGACUCCCUAAUCAAAAUAAAGGUAAAAAUAUUAAGAUACCCAAGGAUCAUGGGGCACUCCGGGAACUUUGGUUCUGAUCAUGAAUGUACGCCGAUGGAGAGAACAUUGUUUGAACAUCACCGCUCAAGUUUUCCUCAUCUUGGGGAAGCCAUAUGUUUACAUUUUUUGCUUUGUUUUUUUUG